UGAAGAAAAAGCAUUCAUACUGGGCGAGAACAACAAUGCCGUUUUAUGAAGUGAGCAUGAUCACACGAUCUCUGUCAAAGGCAGAUCUUGUUAAAGCUUUAACGCGUGCUGGAAACACUUUGCUGGAUCACGGAGCAGUAAUUGAAAAGGUUGAGUCACUGGGUCAUCGAGAUUUACCGUAUAAACGGCUGGCCAAACAGACAAAUGAGCCCGUCUACGCUUCAAAUUUCUUCCUCUUCAAGGCGCACAUGUCUCGGGAAGCUAGACAGAAAACAAAGUCUAUUUUGACACAUGACCUGGACACGGUUCAAGUCGAUCUAAUUCAAGUGGACACACUGCCGGCUCCAAAGGUUGAAUGCAAUCUGGAAGAAAUCCUCAAAUCUCCUGCCGAACGUCAAGCAGUCAAGGAUUUGAGAGAAAAUCAAAAGAUGGGUCAUUUCACGCGACAGAUGAUCUACAAACGUACUGAAAAGGAGUGGAAGAGUAUCCCGAAGAGUUACCCAAUUGCUCCGCCAAGGCCCUAGACAUGAAAUUCGUAAUCGACUUAAAUUUACGGGUCGAAGAUCGCCGACAAUGCACUUUUGGCCACACCUCCUUAUGAUAGUGUUAUCAAACGAGGCUAUCUUUUCGUACUUUGCGUUGUCUGUUUUCUCGAUUCUUCUGUACAGUUUUAGGAUUUAUAGAGUGAUUUUUGUUUUCUUAAAGUUGAAUUGAUUUGUUUUGUUUCAUGAAUAUCA